CUCUCGCCAUUGGAUGUGGAAGAAAAAAUAAACAGUGUGAGUCAGUCCCUUGACUGUACUGUAUCUUGGAUUUUUUGCUUCUGACAAGUAGUGCAUCAGAGAGAGGAGGAACAGUGCAUCACGCUGCAGUGUCCAGCAUAUUGGAAAAGGACUUCUGGGAACGGGAAUGGGUCAGCCUCGGGAUCCGUUGAAUUUCACUUAAAAAGAGGGAUCCUGCAUACAGGAGGAGAGGUCGCCUAACUUGCCUCCAUCACUGCCGACACCACCCAGGGGAUCCUAGCGCUUUCGUGUGAGAGGCGUGGCCAAAAAAGUGCAAUCAAGCCGGUCGGGGAAAGGACGGGACUGCCCGAGAGCCAAUCGGAAAAGAGAUGUUGACGCGGAGGCGGGAGGUGGCUCUGGCCAGACUGUCACUCCUACUGCUGUUCUGGCGGGAAGUGUGCACAAUUGAAGUUCCAUUAGAUCCAAAGAUCCAACAAGACCUGAAGCAGCCCCCCACCAUUGUGAAGCAGUCACUGAAGGACUACAUUGUGGACCCCAGAGAUAACAUCAUCAUCGAGUGCGAAGCCAAGGGAAACCCCGUGCCAACGUUCUCAUGGCGACGGAACGGGAAAUUCUUCAACGUGGGGAAAGACCCACGGGUGACGAUGCGGAAGCGCUCGGGGACGCUGGAGAUUGGCUUCCGCAGCGGUGGCCGGCCAGAGGACUACGAGGGAGAGUACCAGUGUUUUGCCACCAAUGAUUUCGGCACAGCGCUCUCAAACAAGAUCUUGCUGCGAGUCUCCAAGUCUCCACUGUGGCCAAAGGAAGUUCUGGAGCCAGUGGUAGUGACUGAGGGCUCACCGCUAGUCCUACCCUGCAACCCUCCACCUGGCCUUCCCCCUCCCCAUACGUUCUGGAUGAACAGUGCUAUGAUGCCCAUAACCCAGGACAACAGGGUCUCCAUGGGGCUGAACGGUGACCUGUACUUCUCCAAUGUCCUGGCCAAGGAUUCCACCACCGACUAUAGCUGCAACGCCCGCUUCAUGUUCACACACACCAUUCAGCAGAAGAACCCCUUCAUCCUCAAAGUGCAGACGAAAGAGCCCUUUAAUGACACAUCAGGGUUCAACUACACUGACUUGUACAGUGCCCGUGGCGUGGCUGAAACCACACCCACUUUCCUGGCCCCAUCCGGGACGGUCAGCUCCAAGAUGGUGCUCCGCGGAGAGGAGCUUCUGCUGGAGUGCAUCGCUGCCGGAGUCCCCACCCCAAGCAUCAAAUGGUUCAAGAAGGGCGGUGACCUGCCCAUGCAAAAAGUCAGGCUGGAGAAAUUCAACAAGACGCUACGCGUUGUGGGUGUGUCCGAGGAGGACUCGGGAGAGUACAUCUGCAUGGCUAACAACAAGAUCGGCAGCAUCCGCCACUCCAUCUCUGUCCAGGUCAAAGCGGCUCCAUAUUGGCUGGACCGGCCAUCUAACCUAGUCUUGGCUCCAGAUGAGAAUGGGCGCCUGGUAUGCCGAGCCAACGGGAACCCCAAACCCAGCAUUCAGUGGCUGGUCAAUGGGGAGCCCAUCGAGACUGCUCCACCAAACCCAAGCCGUAAGGAGAUGGGCGACACCCUCAUCUUCCGCUCAGUACAGAUCGGCAGCAGCUCUGUCUACCAGUGUAAUGCCUCCAAUGAGCAUGGAUACCUACUGGCCAACGCCUUCGUCAGCAUUCUGGACAUGGCUCCUCGUAUGCUGGGACCCAAGAACCAGCUGUUGAAGGUGAUCGAAAACAAACGCACUUUCCUUGACUGCCCGUUCUUUGGUUCACCGCUACCUGAGCUUCGAUGGUUUAAGAAUGGGCAGGGUAGUGGUCUGGAUGGAGGGCACUACAGGGUGUACAUCAAUGGCACCCUGGAGAUCAAACGUGUGCGGCCAGAGGACCAGGGCACCUACACAUGCGUGGCCAGCAACAUCAUGGGAAAGGUGGAGAACCAGGUCCGCUUGGAGGUCAAAGAACCCACCCGGAUUGAUCGUGCCCCUGCGCACUUGACAGUGACCCGCGGGAGCUUGGCUCGCUUCGACUGUCGUGUCAAAUCUGACCCUACCCUCCCCAUCACUGUCACAUGGCUGAAGGAUGACAAGCCCGUCAACCUGGGCUGGAGGUUGAAGAAGGACAAGGACUCCCUGUCCAUUCCAAAUGUCCACGAAGGGGAUGAGGGGACAUACACCUGUACUGUCAAGACCGAGCUGGAUGAGGACUCAGCCUCUGCCCGGCUCACUGUGUUGGAGGAUGAAAGCCUGUCUCCUUCAAAUCGUAGUGCCAUGCAUGCAGACCGCCCGGACCCCCCAAUGGACCUGGAAUUAUCGGACCUGGCAGAACGAAGCCUCAGACUCACCUGGAUCCCUGGAGAUGACAACCACAGCCCCAUCAGACAGUUCCUAAUCCAGUACGAGGAAAAUCACUGGGAUCCAGGCAAGUGGCAGAACCUAACCAGCUGCCCCGGGAACCUCAACACCAUCAUCCUGGAACUGUCCCCUUUCAUCAACUACCAGUUCCGGGUCAUCGCCAUCAAUGACAUCGGCCCCAGCGAGCCCAGCCUCCCGUCGCCACGGUACCGGACCAGUGGGGCUCCGCCCGAUGCCAUUCCCGGGAACAUCCAAGGAAUGGGCACCAAGAAGACCAAUAUGGAGGUCACCUGGAAGCCCUUGCCAGACAAAGAGGGGAACGGGCCUAACCUGCGCUACGUGGUGUGGUGGAGACGCCAGGACACAGCAGAUGAAUGGAAGAACAUCACCACCAAGGAGGCGAAGCACGUCGUCCACAACACUGACACCUACACGCCCUACGAGAUCAAGGUCCAGGCCAUCAAUGACUUUGGACGGGGCCCAGAGUCACACGUGGUCAUUGGACACUCCGGGGAAGACCGUCCCACAGAGGCUCCCACCAACCUGCAGGUGUCCAAGGUUGACAGCACCAAGGUGAACGUGCAUUGGAACCCUGUGGAUCCAAGCUCCAUCAUGGGUGAAUUCAAGGAGUACAGGGCCUACUACUGGAGGGAGAGCAGCCUGCUAAAGGGCCUGAGUGUGAACCAGGAGAAGAAGACCAAGGGCUUCUACGUCACCUCCGACGAGCCCACGGGCAUCCUGACAGGCCUCAUCCCUUACAGCAACUACAAGAUGUACAUGGUGGUGGCUAACAAACAGUAUGAGGGGCCGCAAAGCAACACUGUCAAGUUCCAGACCAAGGAGGGAGUGCCGGCCGCUCCCAAGUUCUUCAAGAUCGUGCAGAGGUACCCAGACGUCUACCUGGAGUGGGACAAGCCCCUGGAGCCCAAUGGUAUCCUUAUUGGAUACAUGUUGAAGUACCAGACAGUCAAUGGGACGCGACUGGGACGGAUGCACAUGGAGAACUUCCUCCCCAAUGUGACGGACUUCUCGCUGCGUCUGCCCGACCGCUACACUCACUACAAGUUUUUCCUGGCCGCCCGCACACAGGUGGGCGCCGGCGAGGUGUACGCCGAGGAGUCUCCACACUUCACCAACGAAGAAGACUUUGCCAGCACAGUGGUUCCCACAGAUGUUUUGGUGCCCACAACUGUUCCUACCACUCCCUCUACCACUUCAACAACUAGUACUACAACCACGAGUACCACCACUACCACUACUACCACCAAUACUACUACCACUACCGCUGCUACCUUUGUCACAACCAAGCGUGCGGAUGUACUGGCGGCUCGCGGACGAGAGAUCUGGAAUCUGACGGUCGAGCCUAACAGUGACUAUGCUAACAUCAGCUGGAAGCACAACUUCCCUGUCGACAGCAGCGAGUUUGUGCUAGAGUACACUCUGGAAAGUAACGGGACGAUGAAAAGCAUGACUUUCAAACAGCAGCCCCCCAUAAAGCUACCGGGGCUGAUUGAGGGGGCCAGGUACCGGCUGCGCGUGUACUCCCACGAGCACGACAGCAUCAGCAGCAAAUACGUCCACUUUGAGACUAGUGCAGCCUACAGUAAGGACCAGGUGGACAUCGCCACGCAGGGCUGGUUCAUCGGGCUGAUGUGCGCCAUCGCGCUGCUGGUCCUCAUCCUGCUCAUUGUCUGCUUCAUCAAGAGGAGUCGAGGAGGGAAAUACCCAGUGAGGGAUAAGAAAGACCUUCCAUUGGACUCGGUUGAUCAGAAAGAUCAGGAUGGGUCCUUUGAUUACCGGAAAAAAUCCGUCCCCACUCGUCCCUUUAGACGCAGUGACGAGGACAACAAGCCACUGCAGGGGAGCCAGACCUCCCUGGACGGCAACGUGAAGGAGAGUGACGACAGCUUGGUGGACUAUGGUGAGGGUGGCGACGGCCAGUUCAACGAGGACGGCUCCUUCAUCGGCCAGUACACCGUCAAGAAAGACAAGGAGGAGACAGAAGGCAAUGAGAGCUCUGAGGCCACUUCUCCUGUCAACGCCAUCUACUCGCUGGCAUAGCCCCUCCCCCUUCCCCGCCCCGCCCCUGGGAAGGGUCUGGGGGAGGCUGGCGGGUGCUAUACACACAUAUAUACACACACAUAUACACCAAGCGCCGGGAAACCAAGACGUCCCACAACUCCCUGAGGGAUGCAUCGUCCUUCAGUGUACCGGAGGGGAAGAUACAAAACAUGCGUGUGCCAGGCCACAGUUUGGCGCCCCAUUGGCCCACCAAGGUGACAUUUUUCGGAGCCAGAACCAGUACCAGUCUCCCCACGCUCCUCUUCCCCUACACAGACCUUGGUGUGUUACAAAGGGGGCAGGUUUUGAAAGAGGAUUAGAGGGAAGGAGGCAACGUUGGGAUUUUGAAGCAUUUUGUGUGGCUUUGCUUUUUUUCUUCUGUUUUCUUUUUGAGGAUUUGCUUUGCCCUCCCCCCUCCUUUUCCAUAGCUAGUUUUGAAGGAAAGGAGAGAAAAAAAAGGCCAGACCUGUUAACAUAUCAGCUAUAAGGUACAAGCCAUUCGAUCACCAGGAUACUGGCAUGGGUUUAUCAUAUUGAUAUAUUCACAAUGAAAGAUCUUGAUUCCUGGUUGAUAAAUCGAAUAAACGAGUAAAUGCCGUGAACAGUGCCGGCACAUCUCUCUGUGCCCUGCAAAACUAUGCACUCUGUAUAACUGUCCCAUGGCUUUGGUUAAGUUUGGUUCCAAAAUCUCUCGUUUCCUUGUUGUUUUCCUUUCUGGCUGUACUGGAAAAGAAAAAGAAUGCUAAAAAUUCGUCUUUUUACCAAGUUGUUAUAGCACUGUGUGUCUGUCAUUCAUGGCGUUCUCCCUUGUCCAGCCUCUGUACCUGCAGAAAAUUCAUAUGGCUGCCACUGUAGCAAUAUCAUUAUAGCCACAUGAGUUUGCAAGACGAGGCUGCCCGGCACCACCGUAAAGGGGAAAGGAUACUAUAGGAAAUAUUAUUCUAAAGCAUGGUAUUGUUCUAGUGCAAGCGACAGCGGAGAGACAAGAGAGUAAUGAAGGUGUGAUAUGUCAACUGGCCUCAGAUGAUCUGUCCACCUCACAAAUAGCUCAAUUUUUUUUUUUUUCACUCUUAGCCUGUCUCAACUGGGGCAUCUGCUAAGAAUGGCCACAGCCCUCAAACUGGACAAACAUUGUUCUUUGUGCUCUUAUGACAUGUGUGAGUGUGAUUCCAGGACUGAUCUGACAGCACUUUCACGGCAGUCCUAACUAGAUGUAAAGGUGUAGGUGUAAAAUGGUUGGGGUGCACUGAUACGCUGGUAGACUGAAAUGCUGAUUUUGUUGUAGCAAACAACUACUUUUUCGCAUGGUUGAGUAAUGAUCAUUAUCUGAAAGAUAUCUUGCUGGCAGGGGUCAAGAAAAUAUCUGAAUUCCCCUGGAAUAAUUACUCUUAGCUCUAGAUCUCUGCUCUGCAGGCCGGCAGAGGUGCCCGUAUCUGAGACAGUUGAGGCACAAACUUUGACACACAAGUGUAUAUUGAUAUCAGAGUCUGACCUUAAAUUAUGUCAGUAGACUAGGCCUCGGAAGCUAGUUUCAAGAAAGACAACAGGACAGGGAGUCAGAGAUUCCUGAUGCAUAAGAGCUGGCAUCUCCCGGGUGAUGAGCCAGUUGAAGAGACUCUAGGUGUUCCCUCUUUCAGAGCAUGGUUCACACACUGCCCGGCAGACAUGUCACUGUUAAACAAGGGCGCUGCUCCGAGUAGACCGGGUGAAAGUAAAAAAGCUUUAGCAUUCCUCAUUACCACCCAUUUCACUGCUGCAUAAUUGCCCAUUCAUAAAGAAUCCAUGAGUUAACACCUUGCCAUAAAUAAAAGGGAUCAUAAUGUAUUUAGUAUUUUAUAUUUUAUCGUAAUUCAGUUUAAUUUAUAAUGCUGAUAAUAUUAAUUUAUUAAUUAUGUGUUGAAUACUUUAUUUUAAUGGUUACUUUAGAACUAGCAGGUCAAAUUACGGAGGAUAAAAAAACCCAUUGUCUGCCACACCAGAUAGUUGCCCUGUGUCCAUUUCAGUAAAAUUGUACAAACAAAACUGAAUGAAUUUUUGCAGACUUUUUUCUGACAGUGGGAAUUUCUGUAAACUAACAUGUUGCAGUCACAAAUAUGCUGCUUCUCUCUAGUAUUACUGUUGUUGAUGAUGUUGUUGUAUUAAUGUUACAUGUUAAUAUUAGAAUUUACGUUAUAUGACUUUGACACAAUGCAAAAAUGAAAUAUUCUUUAUAUUUAUUGGUUAUAAAUAGGACCUGGAAGAAAAAAAAAAAGUACUAUAUUUUAUCUAUGUAAUUAUUUAUUUAAUUUUUAGCGAGAUGAAAAUUAGCUGCAUACACUUACUUUUCAAGUAUCUGCACCCAAUAAUAAACGUACUUGGGGCAUCCCAGAGUGGCAGACCUCAUGUGCACCAUCUUCUCUGCAGUUUGUCCUGCAUUUUGAUGAGGUGUGAUUGAUUGACACAACAUUGUUCCCUGAGGCCUGGCUUUGCAAGACUUUCAUUUUUUGGCUUCUGUUUUCUUGUGUUGUGCACCUUUAGCCUGUAGGAGAGAAGACUGCCUCCCUAACCCCCCCCCCAAAAAAAAACACUUUAAUUUGAAAAAUAUUUUUAAAGUUCAUGAGUGGAGGUGGACAAAUCAUAGGAAGCUAUGGGAGAUGUAAAUAUCAAGUACUGUGGGACCGUAAAUAUCAUGUACUCUAAGGCCGCAAAGUGAUGAGUGCACACCUUUAAGAAAAGAAAUAAAACUGUUUUAUAAGUGAAGUAAAAAAGAAACUUUUUGUCUCUGCCCAUCAAGCUCACAUACAGGCAGACCCAGUAAGACUGCACUGACUCACUGAUCCCUUGUUUCCCAUCAUGCCUUUCACCUACCAUGCCUGCUGGCUCACCUUUCCUGGUGACAGCUAUUUGACAGGGCUUAACGCACAUGCUUUAGCUCUUGCUCUUUAGCAAGGAUUUCUCUUGCAAUGCCUUCAUCUCAUAUUUUACCGUGAAAUUCUUUUUACAAAUGCCCCACCCCCCAUCCCCACCCCAUGUUGUGCCUCUUCCACUUGCAGUCCCUCUUUCUCUGAUACCUCAAAAGCAAUAUCCUCUGGAUUUUUGGGGGGAUCUAGCCACCUGAAGGUUGUUUUUUUGUUAGUUUUUUUUUUUUAACGGCCUCCGGGACUGUGACUGCCAAGCACAGACAAGUCAACGGAGCACAAAGAAGGGGGCCAGGAAAUUUUCGAUCGGUGGCGAAACUUUACCGGUGCAGGGGCUGCGCCCAUGCCUUCAAACUGUCGAAAAAGGGGUCAGAACUCAUGGAGGCAAGCCUUGUUCUGCCCCUCCCCCCCACCUGGAGGAUGCUCAGAGGGAGGCCCCACAGAGACGCUCAACUUAGGCUCAUGAUUGCAUUACUCUGAACUUGCCUUAGACUGCUAGACUCACCCGAAUCUCACUUUCAACCCCUCCACCUCCCACCACGGGGUCCCCAAAGGACUGGCAUAGUUCACAGAAAACACAGAAGGAGUAUAAAUACUGCUGACUCUCAUUGCUUUCUUAUGUUGUCUUAUGUGUUUUUGUUUUUUUUAUUUGGUCAAUGUUUGUUAAUUUGCAGAAAAAUGAAAACACAACUCGUAUGAAAGAAGACAUAUGAAAGGUGUGUGUUUGUGUGUGUGUGUGUGUGUGUGUUGUUUCAUGUUGUUUAAAAUGAAUGCAUAACCUAGACUGCUACAGGAACAAAUCACUUUUCAACAAGAUGUCAGUUGUGCAUUAAUAGAGAACUGUGUUCAUUUAACCUAAAAGAAACAUUCUAAAAUACUAUAACUGCAAAAAAGAAAUUCAAAUUAAUGUUAUUGGACACAAAUGCUUAAUAUUUGAAUAACCUCAUGUCUUAAUAUAUAAUUAUUAUUAUUGUUAUUAUUACAAUUAUUACUAUUAUGAGUAUGAUUAUUAUUAUUAUUAUAAUUGCCACUAUACACAGUACAUAUCUAUACAUCUAUUCAGCCUAUUUGGAAAUUGUUUUAUAUUGAUUUGUAUUUAUUUUCUAUUGUAAAUUUACAGAGUCUUAACUGUAUCCAAGCAACUUUGUGAGGCACUGCUCCUACAGGCAAGAUUAACAGUAUUUGUAAGGAAAUGAAAAAAGUCAAAAACGGCAUAUUAACAUAAUCAUCAUGUAUGCGUGUAUGACGAGAGGCAAAAACUUAAUCCACUAGGGAAGCCUUUCUUUAUAGUAAAGUCAUUUCAUUUUCUCUAAACUGUCUGACCUCUUACUUGUGUUUUUGCUUUGUUUGCUUGUUUUUUUUUUUUUUUUUUUCCUCUGACAUCUACUCUGUCAAAUAUUAAGCACUGUUUCGGCCCCAGUUUUGUCCUCCAGUAAAAUACUGGCAUACAGGCACACACAUGAACUCACAUACACACACAAGUGCUGAUUUUCUAAUGUAGCCUGGCUCAGAUGUGCGCGAGUGUGCAUGAGAGUGGGAUUUUUGUUAGUAACAUUAGUUCCACACAUCUAAUAUGGUGCUGUAGUUAAAUUGCAUGAGAAUGACGAAUAUUUCAAGUUGACUUGACUGAGAGCCCAACACCAAAAGUUGCAUACUCAUACCAAAAUUACAAUGCAAAUUUUAUCAUUCAUAAUCAAACCUUAGUGGUUACAAAGUUAAUAAGUAAUCAGAUGCUCAUAAUUGCUCCCAGAGACUGAAAGGAAAUGAUUAUACUAUAAAGUGACAAAUCUUUGUAGAAACAUAUUUUGUCAUCUUUAAGAUGUGUUUUGUAAAAGUAAGUGCUGAAACUCAAACUUCAGCAAGGUACAACACAAUGUGCCCCUUAGAACCCCUCUUUUCUUUCUGCCUUUUGCCUGCUUUUUAAAUUACAGCCCACUCUAUUAAUAACACUUAACAUCAGGCAAUACUGUAGCCCACAUAUGUGUGAGCCUACUGUACGAUCCACCUGUCCACUUAAUAAAUUAUGUAGUAACUCAAUGCAGGGAUUGAUAAUUAGCUGGCACCACUCAAUCCCUGGCUUUCUUCACUUAGUUCUGAAAAGCUCUCCCCCACACUAGUCUUUUGCCCCUCCCUCUAAACUACAGGCUGUCUUAUGAUUGGCUUUUCC